GCAACCAGGACUUUAGAGAGCAUCCUCAACAAAUCUACAGAUAAACUUUCUCCUACAUUAACUAGGAAUAUACAAUACAUAUUUAUAUAUGUCUAUAUAGGUUCUCUUCAAUCUCAAACGAUAAAAAGUUGCAUAGUUUCUUUCUUCCAAACUCUCAAUUCUCCUGUUCCUGAAUAUUUCUUUCUUUCCAAGUUCUUCUAUUUUGUUCGUGAAGAAAUCAUGAUGGAGGAGGAGCUUCAAAUAGCCAUAUCAAUGGCGGAUGCUCUUAACAGACUGCAACACGCCGCCGAAACUCCCUUUUCCGACCACAGUUGGUACGCCAUGCAGAAUCCGAGGAGCGCCCCAACACUGAGCGCAGAGGAACUCGAACUCGCCAAGUUGAAGUCCAUGCCAAAAAAGUUGGCGUGGUCAAGGGCUCGAGCAGAUUGUCGGGAUUUUGAGACCGUGUUGAGAGAGACUCAGCAUGCGAUUUCGGUAAACCUAGCGAGACUCCUGGCAGACACGGUUGAUCCAGUUCUUGAAGGGUUGAGAGAAGUGGUGGUGGUGGAGGAAGAUGAGGAUGUUUGUGGGGUGUGUUUGGAAGAGAUGAAACGUGGGGAUGAAGCAAGAGCCAUGGGUUGUAUGCACAAGUUUCAUGGUCAUUGUAUUUUUAAGUGGCUUAAACAAAAGGAUGUCUGUCCUCUAUGCAGAUAUCAUAUUCAUAACAGCAAAGUAGAUUUUGAAGAUUAAGACAACGUAACAAGGAUUCUUUGAAAUAUUUUUUUGUAGGAUUUUUGAAGAUUCUUGGGUGGUUUCUAUUUUAUGUUCUUAGGAAUUUCAGAUGGGCACAAAACUUAUUGUGAUCAAAUAGCGUUUGGGUUAGUAAGAGUUGUUUCAAAGC